AUGCCUCAGUAUGGAGUACUGGAAGAUAGAUUGGCACUUCUUCUAGAUCCAGUGCAAGGACCGCACGUUUCGAACGAGAAGGGUCUCGGUGGCCCGGCAGCUUGGGGAGCUUGCCAGCCAAAGGGCUUGAAGUGUCCAUCGGAUCCAUGGGAAAAAACGGCGGUUUCACGCCAUUGGGGAUUCACGGUGGGAGACUCGAGAUGGAAUGUUUCGUGCGAACUGGGUCGAGUGGUCAUGGCCGUUUUCCCGAAGGACGCGAUGGCCGAUGAUGGAUGGGCAUCAGCUUUUGCCGUGAGCGCCACGACCCACCGAAGUGCAAAGGCAAUGGAUGCAGUGCUGCGCGCGAUUUCUCGCUGCGAGCGAAGAUUGGACUUGCACUUUGAUCUGAUUGCUCGUAACGCUCCGAGAGCUCGAGCGCUCGGAUCUCCCGAAGCUGACUAUCCUCUUGCCUGGUUUUACAUAUCAACGACAAAUAAAAAGGGUGGAAUGGUCACGCUGAGCCAAUGA